UUCCACGCUAGCUAAUGGCUGCCUCGGUGGGUACAAUUGUGGUGGGCACUUGACACUAACUGGUUGUUUGACAGUUCUAUCUGUCACUGAAUUUUCACACGUACCCGUUCUUCUUGGUAUGGCUUCUGUUGUGCGGUGAGAGUAACGAAGUACAAAAAUGUUAUCAUCGAAAGUUUCUACACUUUGCGCUGAAGAUAUUAAGCGGUAUAAGGAAAAAAUAUUAGUGGUUGGUGGCGAAGAUCCGUAUAACUUCAAAUACAGUACAAAAACCCUGCCGCUCACCGUGGAUUACGAUGGGAUAUUGUCAUACUUACUCAGCACCUUAUCGUUUCGAACGGAUCAACCAGUGCGAAACAAAAAAUCGGUGGAGGCUUAUAAAAGCUUUGAACGUGGCUUCGUAAAAGAAGUAAAAGGAUUCAAACGAGAAAACAUUUUUGCUGUUUUGGGAACGGUGCUUCAUAGUAUGCGCAUAAAUGAACCCCCUGCGACGUGCUGGAUUCUAGUUCAAAAUGAAGCCGGAGAUGGAAACGAAGUGGGAGAUAUUCUGUGUGCACAUUGCGAUUGCACCGCCGGAGCAGGUGAAACUUGCUCGCAUGUUGCUGCAGUAUUGUAUGCAUUAAACUUCGCAAGGGAAACGUGCUUGGGAAAGCAGAUUUCUGUUACGCAGCUUCCGUCAUACUGGACAACACCAUCGGGCAGUGUUCACGAAAACCUGUAUGCUUCUGUUGACCGAAUUACAUUUGGACAAACUGUACGGACAAACUGCGAGCUGCAAGAUAGCAGAAUUCAAAGAUCCGAAAGCGAACUGCAGGAGCUUAUCAGAAAAAUCAAUGACUCAGGGCAAACUGUAGCUGUUGGUGGCGCAUUUUUGAGCUAAACGAUUGCUGCGACGAUUGCAGUGAGGAUAAUAGUAAACGACAGUACAUAGAAACAACUUUUCAUUUCAAUCUCUUUUCAACGAAAGCCUUGAGACGCAUUCUUUAGAGGAUUUGAUAGAAUAUGGCAGAGAAAUGGAUUGGAAUUUCGACGA